UUACUAAUGGGAAAUCUAACAACUGAGCUGAAGAAACCAGUGAAUUUACUGGGAGAAAUGUUUACUGGGAUGGAAAUAAGGUGUAACUAAUUGACUGAGUGGCAACAGUUGUUAGACUAGCUGCGAACUUAGUGGAAACUAACUAACUAACUUGAAGAAUAGGUGAACAUUGAAAACCCCAGGGCAGAAACCAACCUGAAGGACUGAAUUUACAAAAACAACCCCUGAUGACACUGCAAGACUCUCUGGCUCCUUGUCCUUCUUUAUCUCAGCAGCUGGGAGGGGUAAAAGUCGGCUGAAUGGAUUUUUUUCACAAAUCCUCAGUCUUGAUUCAGCUCCUGGGCGGCAGGUCAGUCCUGUGGAAACAACCGAACUUCUGAUAAAUUCCUCUUUUGCUGAAAUAGCUACUGGACUUCCUAAUUUUGCUGUGACAUUUUUAGCCAGAAUCACAUGUAGUCUCGAAAGUGAUACCGGUUUCAUUCGUUGUUUCCAUUUCAAGCUCAAUGUUUUAUGAGCUUUUUUUCUGGAAGGGAUUUGGGUUUAGAACAUGAAAGACGACCAGGACACCAAGGAGACUGGUCCAGAUUUGAGUAAAGUUGUAAAGAUCCAGGCUGACAUCCCAAACGGAGAGUGCGGCUCUGCGCCCCCGACGCGCCUCUACAAAAGACGCUGGGUGAUUGUGCUCCUGUUCAGCACCUACUCCCUGAGCAACGCGUACCAAUGGAUCCAGUACGGAAUCAUCAGCAACAUCAUCAUGAAGUUCUACAACGUGGACGGGUUCGUUGUAGACUGGCUGUCCAUGAUUUACAUGCUCGCUUACAUCCCCUUCAUAUUUCCAGUCACCUGGCUGCUGGAAAAGCUGGGACUGCGCUUUACUGCGCUGGUGGCAAACGCGCUCAACUGCGCAGGGACGUGGAUCAAGGUGGCCAGCGCAAGACCUGACCUGUUCUGGGUGACCCUGCUCGGACAGUCCGCCAGUGCCGUGGCUCAAGUCUUCAUUCUCGGGAUCCCCUCAAGCCUGGCCUCAGUUUGGUUCGGCGCAGAAGAGGUUUCCACAGCCUGCUCCAUUGGAGUUUUUGGGAAUCAAUUGGGUGUUGCCAUUGGGUUCCUGCUCCCACCCAUACUUGUUCCUAAUGUGGACGAUGUGAAUGACUUGGCGUAUCACAUCAGAAUCAUGUUCUACAUCAGCGCGUUCCUGGCCACCUUCAUCUUCAUACUUGUGAUCAUUGUGUUUCAGGAAAGACCAGAGAUCCCACCAACCCAGUCCCAGGUUCAAGCCAGGAUCUCCCGCUCCAAUGAUUUUUCCUACAUGGCCUCCAUCAAGAGGCUGCUGUACAACAAGGCCUUCAUGCUGCUUGUGAUCAGCUAUGGGUUGAAUGUCGGCUGCUUCUAUGCCAUUUCUACACUUUUGAACCGAAUGAUAAUUGAACACUACCCUGGUGAAGAGGUGAACGCUGGGAGGAUCGGUUUGACCAUCGUUUUUGCUGGAAUGGCAGGAUCUCUCAUAUGUGGGCUUUGGCUUGACAAGACCAAAACUUACAAACAAACCACCCUGGUGGUGUACAUCCUUUCGCUGGUUGGGAUGCUGGUUUACACCUUCACCCUCAAUCUGGGUCACCUGUGGGUGGUGUUUGUCACCGCUGGAGCCUUCUAGGGUAGCUUCUUCAUGACAGGAUAUCUUCCUCUCGGCUUUGAGUUUGCAGUGGAGCUCACCUUCCCAGAAUCUGAGGGAAUAUCAUCAGGUCUGCUUAACUGUUCAGCUCAGAUCUUUGGAAUUAUUUUCACCAUUGGACAAGGAAAGCUUAUUGAUAAAUGGGGAACUUUAGCUGGAAAUGUUUUCCUCUGUAGUUUUCUGCUGAUGGGAACGAUAAUGACAGGAUUCAUCAAAUCUGACCUCCGGCGACAGAAGGCCAACCAACAGGCUGAGGUGCAGACUAUAAGGCCUACAGAGUCCAUGACAUCCGUGCAGAACUACGGAGCUACAGCAUGCAGCAGCAGUCAGGACAUAACUUCACAACUUCACAAAAACCUAAACACAUCUGACAACAAGGAGAUGGCCGCUGACGUUCAAGAAAAUAUCCUGAAGGAGAGGAAGUUAUAAGGAGGAAAGUUGUCUCCUCAGCAAACCAUGAAGAGUUGAAACAAAGUCUUAACAGACACAUCAGAAUGUGUAAACAUACCAACAAAACCACAAGGGAAAAUGCUGCUGUGGCUGAGUACACGCAGACUCUGUUAUCAUGCUGGACAACCAUCUUUGAUUAGUGUUAAAACUGCUGCACCUUUUUGAACUAUACUGACAAGCAAUAGAAAAUGACAUGAGGAUUUGAAAUGUAAUUUCAUUACAAACCUUUGCAUACAUUUGAGAUGCACUCACAGAAAAUGCAUUAUAUACAGUUAGGACAUGUUAUUUUUUUCUUCAACUCGUUCUGUUUUUCUGAAUUCAACCUGUUAAGCUUUCUACCGAGCUUUCUCACUUAGUAACGGAUUUUCAGGGCUUUUUUAACCUUUAAAUGUUUAAAGUAAUAUUCAGUCAUUGUUUCCUGAUACUGCAUUUGUACUGUGCAACUGAACUUAAGUCUUUACACUGGUGAAGGUACACAUGUGAGUUCUGUGUUUUGGAAGAUGGAUCUUAAAUACAGACCAUGACUGCACUGAUUCAGGGUUAUAUAUCACCUGUUUGCCAAUAAAGGAUCACCUGGUUGGUAUUCUCCUGAUUAAUAAAUACUGAUUGAUGCCAUGCAUCAGAGAACACUUGCGCAGAUCAGCACUGUUGUCAUUUUGCAAGAUAUCUGAAGUUUGUGAAUAAACCUUUUAAGAAUAUCUGGAAAAUGUCAGAACCAAACAAGGUUGAUGGAAAAGACAAGUUUUCCAUUUUGAUCACAUGUUUUCACAGUAUACUUUGCCAUAAUGGUUGGAUGGCUAAAUGAUGGAUGAAUGCAUGGACAGAUUAAUAAUGGAUGGAUGAAUGAAUGAAUUGACUGACAAACGUAUAGCCGGACUAGACAAAUGGUGGGGGGAUUGAUUGAUGGACAGAUGAAUGGAUGCUGUUAAAGAUGGCUGAGUGGACAGAUGGAUGGAUGCAUGGAUGGAAUGAGUAGACGGAUGAAUGGUUGGAUCGACAAAUGGAUAAAUGAAUUGACAGACUAAUACAUGUCAGCAAAGGAAUGGAUGGAAAGAUGGGUGGAUUGAAGGAUGGAUAAUGGAUUGUGGGCAAACAUAUGGAUGAAAGGAUGAAAUGAAUGGAGAUUCAAAACGGAUGGAUUGAAUAUUGGAUGAUGAGCAAACGGCAGGAUAGAAAAAUGAAUGAAUGUUGGGCAAAUGAAUGGACUGAUGGGUUUAUUGAUGGAUGAAUGAAACCAAAUUCCUGGCAAUAGAAGUGCAACUUUUUUCUUAAUUUUCUUGGUCCAUUCUUGUGGAAAAUACAUAAAUUCCAGAUUGUUUUCCAGAUCGUGUACGAACAUAACGUGGUCUCCACAUGUAAUCACUUCUGUAACUGUGAGAAUUGCUGGUGUGAUCAUUCAGAGGCAUCUCGAAUGAUUUACUGUAACAAACAUUUACUGUUGCACACUUUUAUGUUGGUGAUAAUAAAUAUUUCUAAGCUGC